AUGGCGCAACACUCGACCGCAGAGAACAACCAGACCGAGGGGCCUCUGAUUCUCGGAGUCUCCUGGCUCUUGAUUGCCGUCCCAGGAGUUACGCUAGCCCUUCGCAUUUUCUGUAAAACCGUGCUUAGCCGCGGGCUCGGAUGGGAUGACCUUGUCAUCGUGUUCGCCUGGCUUCUGCAUGUGACCUACACUGGGAUGAUUACACAUGGAGUGAAAAUCGGGGUCAUUGGCAAACAUGUUUACGCCAUUGAAGAUGCCUCGAAGAUUCCCGAGGGGCUGAAGAUGGUAUAUAUCAGUUUUGUCAUUAUCAUUUUUGGGUGUGUAUUCGCCAAGACAUCUUUUGCGAUUACUUUACUCCGUAUCGUGACUCGCCCCUGGAUGAAGAUCUCUCUGUGGUUCAUUAUCAUCAGCAUGAAUAUACUCAUGUGGACCACUGGUGUCUCCUAUUUAGCUCAGUGCUCACCCGCGGCCGCGCUUUGGCGAACUGAGCUACUGGCGACAGCCAAGUGCUGGCCUCCCAUCGCUUUUGAGGUUCUCGGCAUGACUGCUGGAGCUUAUUCGGGCUUCAUGGAUUUUGUCCUCUCUUUGUUCCCUUGGGUGAUCCUAUGGAAUUUGCAAAUGAACAAACGAGAGAAAUUCGGCAUUGCUCUUGCUAUGAGCAUGGGCAUAUUUGCGGCUGUCACCGCGUUUAUCAAAACCUCGAAGCUGGUCAAUGUGACCGAGAUCAAAGAUUUUACCUACUUCUGUACCUCGUUAAUUCUCUGGGCAUCCGCCGAAACAGGCCUCACAAUCUUCGCAGCCUCGAUUCCCUCCCUCCGACUCAUCAUUGCGCGUAUGCGAUCCAGCUACGACCGCAUGGAUGAGUCUCAGAAAUACGGUCUUCAUUCUUCGAGUCGACGCACGGCACCCCGUCGGGGUGAUGCCUCCCAUGAUACCGAUCCAUACUACUACAUGGGCGGUGAGGCGAUCACUCUUGCUGAUCGGAAGGAUGAUAGCAGCGACAAGAGUAUUCUUGGGAAAUCAACCAUUCAGCAGACCCAAGAGAUCUCUGUCACAUACGAGCACUCCAUGGACGAGGAAGGAAUGGCAGCAAACCGGGUGGAUACGUUUCCCGCUCGGUUGCACUCUCCCUCGCCGAUUCGCUUCUGA